GGGAAACGACGGGUCUCGGGCGGAAUGGGCCCGUGUGCGUCGUGUGGGGAAGGACCAAGGUCCAGCGGGUGCAGGAACCGGGCGCCGCUCUCUCACACGACUGGCUAUUCUAGUCACAGAGGGAAAGAGAAGAGACUUUCUGAAGCUCUGGGUGGAGUAAUAGAAAUUGUCUGGGGUAUACUGAAACGGAGUAGCAAGCAACAGCAAGAUUUUUACUUCUCAAGGACGGCAUGUCAGUUGCUGAGAACUUGACAUUUUACUUCAGAGGAUGACAGGAGGAGACAGUAGGCAGUGAGGAGAAUUAUAUGGAUUUUUAUCUGCCUCUUCUUCUAGUUGGAAAACUCUUCAGUCCACAAGACAUGUUAUAAACAAGCCUACUCUGAUCCCUGGAUGCUGCUGGAGUUACAGAUUAUUUCCACCUCACCAGGAUUUUAUGGAAGCAGUUCAAGACAAAAAAAAAAAAAUAAGGAAGUAAUACUUGAAGAUUUCUCUGUUUGUAUUAGUCCUGUGCCAUGUUAAAUUUUGAACAUUGUUUGGAGCAAGUGGAAAACAGCUCUGUCUAUGGAUCUAAGAGGAUACCUGACUUCCUUGAGCUACAUUUAUGAUGUUUGGGGAGUUGUAAAUUCAGACUCUUUCAACAUAAGUUCAAUAAGUACUGAUUUCUCUUUCCAUUAAGAACUUCAUCAGAGAGAAGCAUCCUCCCAAAAGAUACAAGACCUCCUCUGUGUUUUCUGCCUAAUGUGAUCAAUAAUGUCUUGGAAGAGAAAUUAUUUUUCGGGGGGCCGUGGUAGUGUACAAGGAAUGUUUGCACCCCGCAGCUCAACCUCCAUAGCCCCUAGCAAAGGCCUCAUAAAUGAACCAGGGCAAAACAGCUGCUUCCUCAACAGUGCCCUGCAGGUUUUAUGGCACUUGGACAUCUUCCGACGUAGCUUUAGGCAGCUUACAACUCACAAGUGCAUGGGAGAUUCCUGUAUCUUCUGUGCUCUAAAAGGAAUCUUUAACCAAUUUCAGUGUAGUAAUGAAAAAGUGCUUCCAUCGGAUACUCUUCGUAGUGCUCUAGCAAAGACUUUUCAGGAUGAACAGCGUUUCCAGCUGGGAAUUAUGGAUGAUGCUGCAGAAUGCUUUGAAAACCUCUUGAUGAGAAUUCACUUCCACAUUGCUGAUGAAACCAAAGAGGAUAUAUGUACUACCCAACACUGUAUUUCCCACCAGAAAUUUGCAAUGACACUGUUUGAGCAGUGUGUAUGUACUAGCUGUGGUGCCACUUCUGAUCCUCUGCCUUUCAUCCAGAUGGUCCACUACAUCUCUACCACUUCUCUUUGCAAUCAAGCUAUAUGUAUGCUGGAAAGACGAGAAAAGCCCUCACCGAGCAUGUUUGGUGAGCUGCUGCAGAAUGCCAGUACCAUGGGGGAUUUGCGAAACUGUCCGAGUAAUUGUGGGGAGAGGAUUCGGAUUCGCCGUGUGUUGAUGAAUGCUCCACAGAUUAUCACAAUUGGACUGGUGUGGGACUCAGACCAUUCAGACUUGGCAGAAGAUGUCAUUCACAGCCUAGGAACCUGUCUUAAGUUGGGCGAUCUUUUUUUCAGAGUAACAGAUGACCGGGCCAAGCAUUCUGAACUGUACUUAGUAGGAAUGAUUUGUUACUAUGGAAAACAUUAUUCUACAUUCUUUUUCCAGACAAAAAUCCGUAAAUGGAUGUAUUUUGAUGAUGCUCAUGUCAAGGAGAUUGGGCCCAAAUGGAAGGAUGUGGUGACCAAAUGCAUCAAGGGGCAUUAUCAGCCUUUGCUGCUGCUUUAUGCAGAUCCCCAGGGCACCCCAGUGUCCACACAGGACUUACCUACCCAAGUUGAAUUUCAGUCAUACAGCAGGACGUGCUAUGAUAGUGAAGAUUCAGGGAGGGAGCCUUCCAUCUCAAGUGACACUAGAACAGAUUCUUCCGCGGAGAGCUGUGCCUACAAACACUCCCACCAUGAGUCUGUCGUCAGUCACUUCUCUUCUGAUUCUCAGGGGACAGUCAUCUAUAACGUGGAGAAUGAUUCCAUAUCUCAGAGCAGUCGGGACACAGGACACCUAACUGAUAAUGAAUGUAAUCAUAAACUCACAUCCAAGAAAGGGUCACUAAUAGAGCGCAAGCGGAGUUCUGGCCGAGUUAGGAGGAAAGGCGAUGAUCCACAGGCCUCAGGGUACCACAGUGAAGGAGAAACGCUAAAAGAAAAGCAGGCUCCCAGGAAUGCCUCUAAACCAUCCAGCAGCACCAGUAGGCUAAGAGAUUUUAAAGAGACGGUCAGCAAUAUGAUCCACAACAGACCAUCCCUGGCUUCUCAGACCAGCCUAGGAUCUCCCUGUGGGGGCAGAGGAGGCGAUCAGACUGACAAAAGACCCAAGAACUUGCCUAUAUACUCUCGCGACUGGGAAGUAGAGAGUACCAGCAGUGAGUCAAAAUCCAGUUCCACCAAGUAUCGUCCAACAUGGAGACCCAAACGGGAGUCUCUGAAUAUUGACAGUAUCUUUAGUAAGGAUAAAAGGAAGCACUGUGGCUACACCCAGCUUAGCCCCUUUUCUGAGGAUUCAGCUAAAGAAUUUACACCAGAUGAAUUAAGCAAGGCACCUGCUUAUGAUAUUAAAACUGACGGACCAAGCCCUCAGACUAAGACCUGGAGUUCAGCACCACGAAGCUCUCAACUCUUAGAGCAGCAUCCUCGUCUAAUCCAGCGAAUGGAAUCUGGCUAUGAGAGCAGCGAAAGAAACAGCAGCAGCCCUGUCAGCCUAGAUGCAGCCCUGCCAGAGAGCUCCAAUUUCUACAGGGAUCCAAGUGGUAAGAGAUUAACUGGUUUGGCUCCUUCCUGGCGUCACAUCCCAAAGUCUCACAGUAGUAGUAUCCUGGAGGUAGACACCACAACAUCCAGAAGUGGCUGGACAAAGAAUCAGCCCCUCUCAGGUGUUGAGAUAUCUUCCAAAAGUGAAUUGGAUGAAUUGCAGGAAGAAGUGACCAGGAGGGCUCAGGAACAGGAACUUCGAAGGAAACGAGAGAAGGAAUUAGAGGCAGCUAAAGGGUUUAACCCUCAUCCCAGUCGCUUCAUGGACUUGGAUGAACUGCAGAAUCAGGGGAGGAGUGAUGGCUUUGAGAGGUCCCUGCAAGAGGCAGAUUCAGUAUUUGAGGAAUCGCUACACCUGGAACAGAAGGGAGAUUGUGCUGCAGCUUUGGCUCUCUGUAAUGAAGCUAUCUCUAAACUAAGACUUACCCUGCAUGGUGCCAGUUCUAGCACGCACAGCAGAGCCCUAGUCGAUAAGAAGUUGCAAAUCAGUAUUCGAAAAGCAAGGAGCCUGCAGGAUCGCAUGCAGCAGCAACAGUCAUCGCAGCAGCCGCCGCCGUCGCAGCCCUCAGGGGGGGCCCUUCCUCACCCAACAAGUGAACAACUUUUCCCGCUCCAAGUAUUGUUAAACCAGGAGGCCCAACUGGAACCCUGCACAAAUACAGAGUGUGGGGCCAGUUCAUUGAUCCACCCACCUGCUUUCUGUCAUGAGUCACACUCUUCACUAUUUCCAGAGUCAUCUACCAUGACUGUCCCACAGCAGAUUGCCCCCAAGAGAUCAACUUCAAACCUUCUAACUUCAGUUGAGGUAGACAGCGCUGACCCCUCUGCAUUACACAGGCAGAACUUACCUAAAGCAUCAGGGAUGACUGAGAAGAAUUCUCAUCAUAGUUGGGAAUCACUGGAUAUAUCACAGACUAAGCUGCAAGGCUACAGAGGUAAUAGCAGUAGCUGUAGCAAGUUAUCCUCUCAAGAAGGAAGAAGCAUUGCUCAAGAGCAGCUAUUCCAAGAAAAGAGGGAUCCUGCUGACUCAUCCCAAGUGAUGCCUUGGUCACACCCAACUGAAACAUCCGCCUCUGAGAGAGGAGAUGUACAAAGCCUAGUCUAUAGUCCUUCAAGUUCAGUAGCUCAGUCCAGCUUUCCUAAACACAAGUCCUGCCACCCUGUAAUGCCUGCUGCUUCUUCAUCUGUGCUUCACUCUCCAGAUACUGUGCAGAAAACUAACCAAUGUCUCCAAGCCAACAACCUCAAAAGUUUGUUGACUCCAGAAGUGGACCGAGGUAGUGAGGAGCCCUAUAGGCCAGACCUUCCCAACACUAAGGGUCUUGUUCGUUCUCUAGCAGAGAAGUUCCAGAAGAUGCAUGGUGCCUCCACAAAGGAUGGUCUAAUUUCCCAGGAAAGAAGUUUGCCAAAUAGUCUGAGGAAGAACUCUUCCCUUCCUGACCCUAAGACUCCUGUCCCACAGGGCCAAGGGAAAGGCCAUUGGCCUUUGGCAAGACAGCAACCUUCUCUUGAUGGUAGGGACAGCAGACCACCUUCUUGGGAAGAAUCUGUUGAUAGUCCUUCUCUUGCUAUGAACUCUGGCUUUCUUAAUGGUGAAACUUCUAGGGGAGGACAGCCCAGAUUGACAGAGCCAGGUUUGUACCAAGGAAAACUGUCCCAAGUGAGUUAUGUUAGGCCUAAGGAGCUGGACAACAGUGCUGACUUGGGUACUUCCUUGCCUUUAGAUUCCUGGGUAAAUGUUACAAGACUCUGUGAUUCUCUGUUAAAACAUGGAGUCCCUGGGCCAGGAAUGAAGUCCUCCUCUCAUGAUUCCCAUACCUGUUUAGCCUAUCCAGAAAGAAACCACCUCCUUUUGCAUCCACAUUGGAAUCAAGACACAGAACAGGAGACCUCAGAAUUGGAGUCUCUGUAUCAGGCCAGUCUUCAGGCUUCUCAAGCUGGCUGUUCUGGAUGGGGACAGCAGAAUGUCACUCGGCACCCACUUAGCCAAACAGGCUCUGCAGAUGCCAUGGGGAGGAGGUUGCAUUCAGCCCCUGGCCUCAGUCUCUCAAAGACCCCAACAGCAGAAAUGGAGCACAGUUUCCAUGAAACCAGCACAGUGCCUGCUUCUCAGGAACUUCAAGGAGUGUCCAGCAGUUUCUGGCUAUGUGUGACAGGGGUGAAACUUCCCAAGAGGUCAAAUACACAGGAAGGACUUUGAACUACCGGAGUCUUCCUCGUUGUUCCAGAACAGAAGCCUCCUGGGAACCAUGGUCAGAAGCUAACCAGCAUGUUGGUGCCAGAUUCCUUACCACUCCAAGAUGCAAGCCUCAGCUAACCCACAUUGCCACACUGCCAGAAAG